AGUACAUCUUAUUUUGCCUUUGCAACAGGAACUCAUUGUUAAUGUUCAAUUAAAGCCUAUCCGCUUUGGACAAAAUAUAAAAAACAGUUGGUUUAUUAUGAGGCUUAUGUUUAAUCUGUAAAGUAUGAAGUGACUCUAUGAAUGAUGUGUGCUGUGAAUAAGGUGAAGGUGAGUGGCAUCUGUAUUUUCUUUCUUGAUAAUAAGGGAAUUUCUGCAACCUUAGGGAGAUCUUACAUUCAAGGUAUUAAUUGGACUUUGUAUAUUAUAUUUUACUACAUUUAUGUAAACUAAAUGAUUAAUUGAUUACUCUGAAAAAGAUUGUGUUAGUGGGGAAACUAUUCUUAUGGAAAUUAAGCUCUUGAUUGACGACCGGUGCACCGCCCACUUCUUCUUCAUGGAACAGAAAAGUGUUAGUUGGGACUUUAAACAUCCGGUUUACUCUAAUGAACUGCUGUUUCUAGUUAGCUAACGUUAGUUAACUGGUGUUAGUUGGGUAGUUAGUUAACUUUUGAGCCAGAAAUCUUAACACAAUGCGACAAUGCGAGAGCAUCACCAGCGGAGAGGAAGAGGAGGAGGAGGAGGAGGAGGGGAGGGAGGCUGUGUCAGGUGGAAACAGGGACCUCUAUGGAUAUCAUCAUCAACCUCCACCGGCUCGCAUCUUCAGCACCGACAGCAUCUCCCGGCCCGCGGUCGCCGUCGCAGGCACACAGCGCCCUUUUUAUGCGCCGAGGCACUGCAUCUCCACGGCAGAGACUCCUCACCGGGCCGCUGCUUCUGUAAUUACCCCGACGAGCCGCUUCUUCCUCCGCAACAAUAAGGACUAUUAGAGGGAAGAGCCCGGUGCCGUAGAAGCGGAGCGUCGGAUCCGUCCAUCGAUAAACCGCUGCGCUCAUCGAUUCCGCCAACAAACGGUCGUCUUCGGCAUAAGAGACGGACGGAACCGCUCCAAGAAGACUGACACCGAAAACGAAGGGCGUCGGGCGCGAUGGCUAAUGCCUCCCCUGACCUGGACAACGUGGAAGCCCAGCGCCAACUCAACAACAACAACCGACAAAGCAGCUCGGGAUUCUGGGAGACGGAGUGCACCAGCUCAAAGCUGUUCGAGUGCUCCCGCAUCAGAGCCCUGGCAGACGAGCGAGAUGCAGUGCAGAAGAAGACGUUUACCAAGUGGGUUAACUCCCACCUGGCCCGAGUGUCCUGUCGCAUAGCAGACCUCUACAACGACCUGAGGGAUGGAUACAUGCUCACCAGACUGCUGGAGGUCCUCAGUGGAGAGCUGCUGCCAAGGCCUACACGGGGCCGUAUGCGGAUCCACUGCCUGGAGAACGUAGACAAAGCCCUGCAGUUCCUCAAAGAGCAGCGGGUCCACCUGGAAAAUGUGGGCUCCCACGACAUUGUGGAUGGCAACCACCGCCUCACCCUAGGCCUUAUGUGGACCAUCAUCCUACGCUUCCAGAUCCAGGUGAUCAAAAUAGAGACGGAGGACAACAGGGAAACUCGCUCUGCCAAGGACGCCCUGCUGCUCUGGUGCCAGAUGAAGACUGCAGGGUACCCUGAGGUGAACAUCCAGAACUUCACCACCUGCUGGAGAGACGGCCUCGCCUUUAACGCCCUCAUACACAGACACCGGUCUGACCUGAUAGAGUUCAACAAGCUGACGCGGUCCAAUGCCACCCACAACCUCCAGCAAGCCUUCAACGUCGCUGAGCAGCACCUGGGCCUCACCAAACUCCUGGACCCUGAGGAUGUGAACACAGAGAACCCAGACGAAAAGUCCAUCAUCACAUAUGUGGUCUCCUACUACCACUACUUCUCCAAGAUGAAGGCUCUUAUUGUGGAGGGCAAGAGGGUUGGCAAGGUCCUUGAAAACUGCGUUGAGGCGGAGAAGAUCAUCAACCGCUACGAGGCCCUGGCCUCGGACCUGCUGGACUGGAUAGAGAAGACCAUCGCGGUCAUCAGCAACCAGAAGUUUGCCAACUCACUGACGGGAGUUCAGCAGCAGCUACUGGCCUUCACAACCUACUGCACUAUUGAGAAGCCCAUCAAGUUUCAGGAAAAGGGGAAUCUCGAGGUCCUUCUGUUCACCAUCCAAAGCAAGCUCAGAGCCAACAACCAGAAACCCUACGUGCCUCAUGAUGGGAAGCUCAUCUCAGACAUCAACAAGGCCUGGGAGAGGCUAGAGAAGGCGGAACACGAAAGGGGCGUCGCUCUGCGCAAGGAGCUGAUUCGUCAGGAGAAGCUGGAGCUGCUUGCUCAGUGCUUCGAUCACAAAACCACCAUGAGACAAGCCUGGCUCAAUGAGAACCAACGGCUCGUGUCGCAGGACAAUUUUGGCUACGACCUACCAGCAGUCGAGGCGGCCAUGAAGAAGCAUGAGGCCAUCGAGGCGGACAUCGCCUCGUACGAAGAGCGCAUCGGCGUGGUGGUGGAGCUGGCGGCGGAGAUGGAGACAGAAGCAUACUACGACAUUCGGCGUAUCCUAGCACGCAAAGAGAACAUCCUGGGCCAGUGGAGUCUGCUGAAGGAGCUGGUGGCCGGGAGGAGGACCCGGCUGGAGAAGAACCUGGCCCUGCAGAAGACCUUCCAGGACAUGGUCUACAUGAUCGACUGGAUGGAUGACACACAGGUCCAGCUUCUGUCCAAGGACUUUGGGAAGCACCUCCUGGAGGUGGACGACUUGCUGCAGAAACACAGCCUGCAGGAAGCCGACAUCGCAGUGCAGGCCGAGAGGGUUGAGACGCUCAACACUGCUGCACUCAAAUUCACAACUAUAGAGGGUUACCAGCCCUGCGACCCACAGGUGAUCUGUAACCGCGUCAACCACGUCUCUACCUGUCUGGAGGAGCUGAAACAACUGGCAGCUAAAAGGCGAGAGGAGCUGGAGGAGUCGAGACAGCUGUGGGCCUUUUUUCAGGAGCUGGAGGAGUCGGAGGCCUGGAUCCGGGAGAAGAGCUCCAUCCUGGGAGCUCAGGGUUACGGGAAGGACCUGAGCAGCGUGCUGAAGUUACUUCAGAAACACAAGACCCUGGCUGGAGAACUGCUGGCCCACCGCUCGCUGCUGCAGAACACCAUGAAACGAGGAAAGCAGAUCCUGAGCGACAAGAGCUUCGGCACGGCGGGCAUCCAGGAGCGCAUCAUGGAGGUGAAGGGCGAGUGGAAGAGGCUGGAGGACCAGGCCGCGCAGCGUCUCGGCCACCUGCAGGAGGCGCUCAACUUUUUCCAGUUCUCCACGGAGACGGACGACCUGGUGGCGUGGCUGCAGGACGCCUACCGCCUGGUUUCCAGCGAAGACUUUGGACACGAUGAAUACUCCACCCAGUCGCUUCUGAAGAAGCACCGGGGGGUCAGCGAGGCCGUUGAUAAGCACCGUAUGCACGUGGUGGCACUGCGGAAACAUAUGGGGGCGCUGCCUCUGCAGUACAGAGAGCAGAAGGAGGUGCAGGUGCGCAUGGGAGAGGUGGAGCAGCUUUACACCGAAGUGGCCGAGGUGGCGGUGCUCAGACAGCAGUGGCUUCACGACGCCCUCGCCGUCUACCGCAUGUUCAGCGAGGUCAACGCCUGCGAGCUGUGGAUCGACGAGAAGGAGCAGUGGCUGGACAAGAUGGAGAUCCCGGAGAGACUGGAGGACGUGGAGAUGGUGGCACACAGGUUUGAGAGCUUAGACCAGGAGAUGAACAGCCUGAUGGGAAGGAUCCUAGACGUUAACCAGAUAGUUCAGCAGCUGCUGGAUGGAGGUCAUCCUUCCUCCACAGAGGUCAGAGGUUGUCAGGAUCACCUCAACUCCAGGUGGAACAGCAUAGUGGAGCUGGUGGAGCAGAAGAAGGAUCAGCUGGGCUCCAUGCUGCGGCUGCAGAACUACCUGCUGGAGUGUGCCGAGAUCAAGUCCCAGAUCCAGGAAAAGAGAAAAGCCAUCGACGCCACCCAGUACGUGGGCAGCGACCUGGGGGGAGUCCUGGCUCUGCAGAGACGCCUCUCCACCAUGGAGGGGGCCCUGUCGGUCCUGGAGCCCAAACUGCUGCACCUGCAGGAGGAGGCGGAGCAAAUGGCCACAGCCCACCCGGCUCGGGCCAUGGAGGUGCUCAUGCCGUUCGAUGGCAUCAACGUGGAGUGGGAGGAGCUGAAACGCACCCUGCAGGGCUGCGAGGACUCACUGAUGGUGGCUGGUCGGCUGCAGAGCUUCAUACAGGACCUCGACUCUUUCCUCACCUGGUUGGUCCAGACGCAGACGGCCGCCGCCUCUGACCUGCUUCCCAACGACCUGGAAGAGGCAGAGAAGCUCAUUAACAAACACGCAGCGCUGAAAGAGGAGAUCGGACGGUACGAGGAGGACUACGAGCGCCUGCAGGCCAUGAACGACCUGCUCGAGUCUGAGGAGGCUCCCUUACCUCAAGCCGCCCUGCAGCAGUGGCUGCAGAAGCUCGACGUCGGCUGGAACAAACUCCUGGAGAUGUGGGAGAGCCGGAGAGAAGUUCUGGUCCAGGCUCACAUCUUCCACCUCUUCCUGCGAGAUGUCAAACAGGCCGAAUCCUUCCUGAACAACCAGGAGUCGGCGCUUGCUCACGUGGAGCUUCCCACCACAGUGGAAACGGUGGAGGCCGCCAUCAAGAAACACAAAGACUUCACCACCACCAUGGAGCUGAACCUGCACAGAAUCAAAGCGGUGAUCGAGGCCGGGGAGAGUCUGAUCAGCCAGAGCAACAUCUACUCCGACCGCAUCAAGGAACGCAUCGACACGCUCGCCAACAGGGGAAACCAGAACAGAGAGCUGGCCCACCAGUGGCUGGAAAAGCUGAACGACCAGUGGGAACUUCAGAGGUUUCUUCAGGACUGCCACGAGCUGGGGGACUGGGUGUGUGAAAAGAUGCUGAUGGCGAAGGACAGCAGCCGAGACGAGACCCAGAAGCUUCAUAAGAAAUGGCUGAAGCACCAGGCCUUCAUGGCCGAGUUGGCCCAGAACAAGGAAUGGCUGGAUAAAAUUGAAAAGGAGGGCCAGCAGCUGAUCCAGGAGAAGCCGGAGCUCAGCACCGGGGUCCGGAGGAAGCUGGAGGAGAUCAGGGAGUGCUGGCAGGACCUGGAGAGCACCACCCAGGCCAAAGCCCGCCAGCUCUUUGAGGCCAACAAGGCGGACCUGCUGGUGCAGAGCUACGAAAGCCUGGACCAGAGACUGGGCCAAUUGGAGGGUCAGCUGGCCUAUGUGGACCAGGGACAGGACCUCACCACUGUCAACAAGCAGCUGAAAAAACUACAUACCAUGGAGAGCCAGAUGGAGACGUGGUAUAAAGAGGUGGGGCAGCUCCAGAUGCAGGUGGCUUCCAUCCCGCAGCAGACGCAGAUCAAGGAGACGGUUGCGGGCCGCCAAGCCGUUGUGGAGGCCAGGAUGGUGCGUCUGAUCGAGCCGCUGAAAGAGAGGCGGCGCAUCCUUCUGGCGUCAAAGGAAGUUCAUCAAGUCGGGCGAGACCUGGAGGAUGAGAUUUUGUGGGUCCAGGAGCGCCUCCCAAUGGCCAUGUCUCAUGAGCACGGCUCGUCUCUGCAGGCAGUACAGCAGCUCAUGAAGAAGAACCAGACACUUCAGAGGGAGCUGCAGGGCCACAGGAGCAGGAUGGACGACGUCCUCGAGAGGGCGGGGAUCAUCGCCUCCAUCCGCAGCCCGGAGGCCGACUGCGUCCGGGCGGGCCGCGACCAGCUCGCCCAGCUGUGGGCUCUGCUCUGGGCCGAGACCGAGAGAAGGCAGCUGAUCCUAGACGCCAUGUACCAGGCCCAGCAAUACUACUUCGACACGGCUGAGGUGGAGGCUUGGCUGAGCGAGCAGGAGCUGCACAUGAUGAACGAGGAGAAGGGGAAGGACGAACCGAGCACACUGCAGCUGCUGAAGAAACACUUGGUGCUGGAACAGACCAUCGAGGACUACGCCGAGACCGUCGGCCUGCUGUCACAGCAGUGUCGCCAACUGCUGGAGAUGGGCCAUCCAGACUGCGAGCAGAUCAGCAAGCGUCAGUGUCAGAUCGACCGUCUGUACGUGUCUCUGAAGGACCUGGUGGAGGAGAGAAAGAGCCGCCUGGAGCAGCAGUACUGGCUCUACCAGCUCAACAGGGAGGUGGACGAGCUGGAGCAGUGGAUCGCUCAGAGGGAGGUGGUCGCCAGCUCGCCGGAACUGGGCCAGGACUACGAGCAUGUCACCGUGCUCCAAGAGAAGUUCACAGAGUUUGCGUCAGAGACGGGCAGCGUGGGGCAGGAGCGAGUGACGGCAGUCAACCAGAUGGUGGACGAGCUCAUCGACUACGGACACUCGGACGCCGCCACCAUAGCCGAGUGGAAGGACGGGGUGAACGAGGCCUGGGCCGACCUGCUGGAGCUCAUGGAGACGCGGGCGCAGAUGCUCGCCGCCUCACAUCAGCUGCACAAGUUCUUCUCCGACUGCAGAGAGGUGCUGGCCCAAAUCGAGGACAAGCACCGCCGGCUGCCUGAAGUGCGGGCUCGGCAGGGCAGCACUGCCAACACCAGCACCCUACAGAGACUCCUGCACAGCUUCGAGCAGGACAUUCAGCUGAUGGUCACACAGGUCCGUCAGCUGCAGGAGAGCGCGGCCCAGCUGAGGACGGUGUACGCCGGCGAGAAGGCCGAGGCCAUCGCGUGCCGCGAGCACGAGGUGAUGCAGCUGUGGAAGGAGCUGCUGACGUCCUGCGAGGAGUGCCGGGUGCAGAUCACCACUGAGACGGACAAGCUGAGGUUCUUUGGAAUGGUUCGAGAUCAGAUGAUGUGGAUGGAAUCGAUCAUCUGUCAGAUUGGGACAGGAGAGAAGCCCAGGGACGUGUCCUCAGUGGAGGUGCUGAUGAAUUACCACCAGAGUCUGCAGAGCGAGGUGGAGGCUCGCAGCCGUAGCACCCUGGAGUGUAUCGAGAUGGGCAAAACUCUGCUGGCUGCUCGAAACCCAGCAGCCGAAGAGAUCAAGGAGAAGCUGGACAAGGUGGUUGCUAAGCAAUAUGAGCUGUCUGAGAAGUGGGACAAACACUGGGACGUCCUACAGCAAUUGUUGGAGGUCCACCAGUUUGCCCAGGAGGCGGUGGUGGCGGAGGCCUGGCUGACGGCUCAGGAGCCGCUCAUCAGCAGCAACGAGCUGGGCGCCAGUGUAGACGAGGUGGAGCAGCUGAUUCGUCGACACGAAGCCUUCCGCAAAGCCGCUGCCACCUGGGAGGAGCGAUUCAGCUCACUGCGGCGACUGACCACGGUAGAAAAGCUAAAAGCCGAGCAAAGCAAACUACCGCCGACCCCGCUGCUGGGUCGUAAAGUCUUCCUGGACCCUCAAGAUGCCUCACCCGGUGUGUCCACCCUUCCCCGCCUCCCCCUGUCCCCCGUCAUGAGACAGACUAUCUAUGAGCAGAACGAAGCCAAUUCUCCACGCUCGCCCUCGCCCGCCACGCCCACACCCUCUCCCUCGUCCGUGGCCCGUCGGCUGGGGUCGACGGUCGCCAACUACACCCCCGUGAUGAACGGCUCCGGCUACCGCCGCGCGCUGGAGGCGCGGCACAGCGGCGUCGUGGGCGUGGCCGCAGGGCUGGGCCAGCCCGCGCCCUCCUCGAUCGCCUCAGUUGCCGCGGCGGCCAUGCUGGUAUCGGCCAACCAGGCGCGAGAGAACGACGGCGCGCCGAGGGACCAAGUGACUAAGGCGAUGACUCACCUCCACCCGGCACACGCGGCGAGGACGCUGGAGGCCAAAUCGUCGCCGUAUCUGCGGCAAGCCAAAAUCAAACACAUGGACGACGCAGUGACGCCGCUGAUCGUGGCCAGCCGACUGGAGAAGGCGCGGGAGAAGGAGAGAGCGAGGGAGAGGGACAUCAUGAUGGGGGAGAUAGGGACGGAGAAAGCGGAGGUGGCCGUGAUGGCCGAGGUGGUGCUCCAGGAGCCGUGCAGGGAGCGCCUGCACAGCGAGCCCACCAGAGGGCCGCGGGGAUCCAGGACCGACCCGCUGGGCCAGGCUGAGCCCCAGGUCCAGACCCACAGGGACCACAGGAUGGAGCGGCAGCUGUCCAGCGAGCAGCUGAUCCAGGCUCGCAGGGACGAGCUGCCUCAGGAGUUGUGGAGGGAACAGGCCGAGAGGCGGGAGAAACGGGGGCUGGAAAGGCAGACGUCCAGUGAGCACGAGGGCCACGGGGGCCACGAGGGCCGGCGGAGAGAGAGAGACCGACACCGGCUGGAGAGACAGGAAUCCAGUGAGCAUGACACCGGGAAAGAGCACUCAGACAGACGCUCAGCCGGAGGAGAGAAGAGAUCCACCAUGGCAGAAAUUGUAGAGCAGCUGCAAGAAAGGGAAGCAGCACAGGCCCGUGGCGAGGUGCCCCGCCUGCCCAACGGGGUGCCGGAGAAGCCCGCCCGCCUGGACCGACCCCGAGCCCGGGACAGGCCCAAACCGCGGCGUCGACCACGGCCCAAAGAGGCGGGAGAGACCACGCGGCGGUCCAGGUCGGCUCCGGCCCAGAGCAGCCCGGUGGUCCCCCAGCCGCCAGCACACAACGCACACCACGAGGGCUUCCUGUUCCGCAAGCUGGACAUCGAGACCCUGAAGAAGAGCACCAACAGGUGGGUGUUCAGGGUCAUGAUCAUGGGCAUAACAUCUGGUCUAGCAGAAGAUAGAAGUAGUAGAGCGGGAGGAUGGACACUGGUGUCAUCACUAUCAGGCUUCAGGGUUUCCGAUCAAUUCUUUAAUUUACCAGAAAAAAAUCAAUUCAUGUGUUCCAGUUGGAUGAUUACCAACAUUUUUAUAUUCCACAGUCGAUCAAUAUUGAUGAUUUGAAACUCUCUGCCUGUUUCUCAUGACACCACUGCCCUGUCCGUUAAUUGAUGAAGCAAUGGCCACAUGGGCAUGACUCAAGCAUGCUAAGCUAACAGGCUAACCGACUCGGCUUACGCCGCCGGCGUUUGAGACUUUAAAAAGAUGCAUGACUGCCACAAACGCCGAUGACCCACGGGGCCUCAUCGGUUGGUAACAACACAAUUUGAGCACUCAGCUAAGCUCAGGAGUUCCUCAGCAGAGAUACUGCGUGUCUUUAGAAGCAUGCACACAAGUUUUACCCGUGUUUACAUUCAAGAGUUGCCACGACCUUAUUGCGUUUAACAAUAAACAACUAAUUCGUCAUUCUGCAAAGUGGAAGUAAGAGUAAGAGAACUGCUUCUAAAUCAUUCUUAUAUCGACAGAUUUGUGGCACAUCUGACUGUCCCUGUAGUUGAUAAUCAAGUCACAACUCAUACAACUGAUACAAUGGAAAGGUUUAGCAGGGGAGAAGUAGAUGUUUAUCUCUAUUUGUUUGGUUCAAUCUCUAAUCAGUUUAAAAUAGAAAUUGGCGUUAAUAAAAGCUGAAUGAAUAUAGUAAUCGUAAUGGAUGUCAGUUCAUAAUGGGCAAUAACAAUAAUCCUAAUAAUCAGUAAUAAAUACUUUUUAAAGAUGCAUAUUCACAAUUUCUUUUUUUGUUAUUAAUAAAUUAUCUAAUUUAAUUAGCUAACUAAAAUAAAUAUACCAAAACCAGCAAGUAGUAACAUGCAGCUGAGCCUAAAUUUGAAAUCUGUUCACGAGAUCUCUGAUCACGAGGACCAAAGAGCGAAGACAACGGUUCUGUGAAUUCAAACGGCCAUCAGUAGAGUUCUCAGCGCAUGUGAAGACAUCUUGCAUGAUGCUUAACGGUCUAACGCGAGCCCACAGAACAGAGCAACAGAGAUGGCCGGCCAGCUCGCUGGCUGCCGUGGAGGUUGAUGGCGUACACUACCAUGUGCACAGUCGCUUAGCCUCGCCAUGCACACACACACUCACCACCUGGCCUCCUUAGAUGACCGCCCUGCUUCCUUCAGAGAGACACCAUCGGCAACGGCUGUCCCUGCACUGCCCUCUAGUGGCUGGGCUGACCACGCACAGCUAAACGCUCAUCCCCUCCCAGCUGUGGAUGAGUCCCACUCAAGGCAGUGGAUGAAUGUCUCGUGUAUGUACAUGCCCUGUAAUGUACAUGGCAAGGUAAAGCAUAAUCCUGGAUGGCUUCCAUUUGGACAAGUGUGAAUCUCCAAACUGCUUCAGCAGUGACGAGGCACUGAAUAUGUUUAUGUGCACAUUAGUAUUCUGGUAUUAUUCAGAGUGAGUAAACAGUGCAUGUGAGCGCUUUACUAGUUUCAGCUUUAGGGUUUGGUUUUUUUGGUCACUUCUAGGUCAGUUAAUUAUGUAUUUUUUCAGUUUUACUGAGGUUUAUGUCCAUAUUCUGAGAUAAAUGUACUGCUGUAACGUAGUUAUAUCUUAGCAGUCCAAAUCAGUUAUGUACGCAGUGUCAAACGCACCACCAUUGGUCUUCUCCGGUCGAAUAUACUUUUUUUAUUGUUCCAUACAGCUGUUUGAAAUUGGAAUAUGAGGCUUGCUCUGAAUAAUACCUGUAUAAAAAUACCUGUAAUGGGGCGUAAGCCUAUUAAUGGGAAUGCCGUGUGCAUGUGAACACGCUCAGAGAGGCAAACGGAGCAUGACUCGUGACUUUGAAGCUGCAUUAGCUGCCAAAAUGCCAUUUAACCAAACUUUCCCCUCUUUUUCUCCUCUCUUCCUCAUUGCUACUGGCUGCUCCUCUCGUCUCCUCCAAGGUAAGUCAUAUAUGAGCCCCACGCACACACAAACCUCCCCAUCCCUCCAUGGCCCGCCCGCCCGUCCGUCCGUCCGUACGUCUGUGUUUGUUCAGCAGUGUGUUUCCUCCUCCCUUCUUUGGCGCCGGUCCGUCCCGCCCACCUACCUGUUCUGCUCUGGUCAGGUGAGUGAGGUGUUAGCUCAGCGAGAGCCACUCCGCAGCUCUUCCUGACUCCUCCCGUCUCUCCCUCCCCUUACCCCUUU